GGUCAUUGCAGGAACGUAAAUCUAGCUAAGUCUGAGAAAAAUGUAUCCUGCAGUGGAUGAACAUGAUGAGGCAUAUGAAGUUCAUCAUAGCCAUCCAAGCUAUAUUGUUCCAGUGGUGGUUCCUCCAACUUAUGGCCGUCCCCAUAUACCAUCUUAUGCACCUCCAUACAUCAGCAACAGUGUUAGGGGUCCUGUGAUCAGGACACCGCGAUGGUCAACUGGUCUUUGUCGUUGUCUUGAUGAUCCUGGAAACUGUUUGGUUACUUGCUUCUGCCCUUGUGUUACAUUCGGAUUUAUAGCAGAAAUAAUAGAUAAAGGCAAUAGAACUUGCACUUGUAAUGGGGCUAUUUAUGCGACACUGCUAUCUCUGAGCGGGCUUGCAUGCUUGUACUCAUGCUAUUAUAGGUCAAAAAUGAGGGCACAAUAUGACUUGCCUGAGGCUCCAUGUAUGGAUUGCUUAGUUCAUUUCUGUUGUGAAACCUGUGCUCUAUGUCAGGAGUAUAGAGAACUUAAAAACCGUGGAUUUGAUUUGAGCAUAGGUUGGGAAGCCAACAGGGAAAGGCAAGGACAAGGAGCUAUACUAUCACCUGUAAUAUCACAGUCUAUGACAAGAUGAAAAGGGAUACAUCUUUAGGAGCCUUUUGAGGCAACCCUCGUAGCAGUUGGUGCUGUUAAUUUCAACUGCUUGCUGUUUGCUGGUUGAUUCCAGUGUUUUGUGUCUUUGUCCACAUAGUAAUGUAUCUUGAUGGAUGUACCGCCUAUUAUUAAAAAGUGUGUUUAAGUCUA